GAGAGCUUAUGUGGAUAUCAUAUCGUAGACUCGGGAUGUCCCUACGAGUACUCUAUCGUUCUGUGUCUGCAGACUCCGAAGAUAAUACCUUCGAGUAGAGGAGAUCUGCUCCUCAGGGCGGUGUCAAGAGACUAUAUAAGAGCGACCUUUUUCCAUGUAAAGCAACACAGCAUAGUCUUUCAAUCAUUCGAUCAUUUUUCUUAUCUCAACAAACCCAUAUUGUCUUAACUCUUCUACUGUCUCUUCUGCAACUCAUACCACAACAACCAAAAUCAACAUGAUUGCCUCCAUUCAGAAACUUGCCAUCUUGGCUCUCUUUUUUGGCCUCUCCACCGCUGCCCCGGCUCCAGCUCCAGCUUCUGAUGCUAUACCACAAGUUUCCGCUGAAGUUUUGCCCGUGUUCGGUCUCACCGAGGACAUGGUCGCUGCCGCCAACAUCACGAGCCGCGACGUCCUCGAGGCUCGUGCCAUCCUCGCAACUCGCACCGCUUCUUGCGAACCACCAUUCUUACCCCACGACGCCACUUAUGGCGCAUGCGUCCUUCCUUUGGUUGAGCAGGCCCGCGAGGGUAACACCAUUUACAUGCUAGUUCUAGCAGAAUACAUGACCGGCCAUAUGGCUUGUCCCACGGACGGCAUUUGGGGCGGAGCUGCUCGUCCGGUUGGUAAGAUCCUUGGUCAUCGCUGUGGAGGUCCCGGCCCAGAAUACCUGGAUCAGGGAGCGCAAGGGUGGUCUAUCAAUAGUUCUUUCAACGAGGAACCUUGUCUUCCGGGUGAUAAAUGCUAUUAUAACCUUGGUCUUGAUUACGACUUUUCGGAGACUGAGGCGCCGGGGUGCUGAGCGCAUACAUUUUUCUGGGGUGUUUAUCAGUGUUCCUUAACUUUUAUUAUCUUGGGAUCAUUCGUUACCCGACGGCAACAUGUUUCUAAUGUUCUUGAAACGCUACUGGAGGUAGUGAGAUGGCUGCUAUGGAAGAGCGUUUUUGAGUUCGAUUUGAUGUGAAUCUCCUCAUUUUCUGGGAUUCUUGCAGAUUAGGAGGAGGGGGGUGGAUAAUGCUACAAUGUAUACGUAUACCUUGAUUAAUCUUUAUACACAAUU